UUGAUGGAAUGGGGCUGUUGUUGCGCUUUUAAAACGCCAAAAAGCAGUUCGUGUUGUAUUUUAACUCACGAUUUCAUGUCUCGAGAAGAGACAGCGGUAAAUGCAAGACGGAGGCUUCGCUGUGAGACGGCUGGUUACUGGACUGAAGGUUGACUGCUGGAUUACAGUCUCUCCACGUGGCCUUCUUCUUCUUUGCUUCCAGCCUCCAGCCUCCAGCUUCCCCUCUGUCCUGACCCCUGUAUGACCAGUCCUGCUGGCCCAUGGACUUGACUCCAGCAUCAGGCUUCAAAAGGAGACCCGCUGCCUCCUCUUCCCCUGCCGGAGCGAGAGAGAUCGCCAGGAGCCCUCCUUCCUGCUCGCCCUCCUUGUCUCCCUCGUCUCCUUCGUCCGAUCCGUCAUCCCCCUUGUCCACGUCCUCCUCCGUCUGCGCCAACUCGUCAGUUUAUCAGAACCAUGUAAAAGGUCAGACUCGGGGGAAGGAGGUGGCCAGGGUGUCCUCCACUUCUACCUCUCUACCGACGUUAUCUCUCUCCACGUCUACGCCUAACACCACCUCCGACUCCCUCCCUCACACCUCAGCGCAUCCACGUGUGGAUUGUGAAGAAGAGGGCAGGAAGAAGGAGAUGUACGAUCCUUUCCAUCCCACUGAGGGAGACAAGGAGGGAAGGGUGGAGGUGGAGGCGGAGGAGGGGGAAGGGGAAGGGGAAAAAUACGACCCCUUUGACCCCACAGGCUCCCCAGCUUCAGACACUGAUGACGGGUGCAGCAAAGUCAGAGGAGAGACGAAAAAUGCCGAAAUAGGAAAGGACAAGGUGAAAGAAGAAGAGCCUCCAGAUUCCACCGACACCUUCACUGACCCGCCGAGCCCCUCCCUGAUCACCCAGCUCCCUCUGAGGAGGAGAGUGGACUGUAGCAUCACCAAAGCCAGAGGGCAGAGGGAGAGCGCCGACUCUGAAAACUCUGAGAUAGAGGAGGGGGAGAUAGUGGGGGCUGUUGACAGAGAUGGAGGCAACAAGAGAGCAGCUGGUGGAAAUCUCCCUUUAAAUUCUCCCAACGUCUCCUUCUUCGGUUCGAAGCCGGAGCGGAUCCUGCGGGUGCUGGACGGGGACGGCUUUGUGUCGGUGUGCGCAGAGGGCAGCUGGGAGGACAGAGAGCCCGAGGACGAGCCCGUGAUAGGAGUAGAGGAUCUGAGGACGAAGCUGGUGAGCAGGCGGAAGGAAAGAUAUCUCUCCUUCCCUGCAUCCUCCGCCCUCUCUCCUGAGCCGCUGCCGCCCCCUCCCUCCCACCCCGCAGAUUCUCCCCCCUCCUCCCCCCUGGCGCCCCCCAUAGAGCAAGGCGGCAAGAACCGCAAGUCCUCCAAGAGCUCCAAGGACCAGGACAGACAGAAAAGCAAGGACAGGAAAGCCGGGGAGAAGGAGGAGAGAAGGAAGAAGAGAAGGAAAGAGAAAGAGGGAGGACAAGAGAAGAGCAAAGAAAGGGAGCAAGGGCAAAAGAGCGGGAAGGAGGCGAAAAGUCAGAGGAGCAGCAGGAGCAGCAGCAGGAAGAGGAAAAAGAGACGGCACAGCAGCCCCGAGGCCUCGGGUUCCCACAACUCCUCAGGGAGAGGGGGACAAACCAGACGCUCCUUCUCCACCCUGUCUGAAGAACGACACAGAGAGAGGGACAGAGACAAAGACAGGGCGAGGGACAGAACUGGAGAGGGGGACAGAGACAGAGAGAGAGAGAGAGAUAGAGACAGAGGAAGAGAGCGAGAUAGAGAAAGAGAGAGAGAUCAAAACCGCACCAGUAGCCACAGAAGAGACGAGAGAGACAGAGACUCUAGCUCUAGGAAGGACGACAGGGAGAGGAAGAGAAUACACUCGAGCAGCAGAGAGCGGGACAUUUCAAAGGGCUCCAAAAGAAGCAGAGAAAAUAGAGAAGAUGACAGAGAAAGACAGCGGGACAGGGAGCGGCGCCGGGAUGGUCGUCCUGUGGUCCCGCCGUCCAUUCAGGACCUCAACGGUUCUGAUCUUUUCGCCAUCAAGAGAACCAUCACAGUCACUACAACCACCACCACCACCACUGUACCCGGCUCCCCCAGGUUGGCCCCAGCCUCUCCCUGCCGGCCCACGCAGGACUCAGACAAACCCCACAAGAGGAAGAAGAAAAGAAAAUGGCGCUCCGGCGGAGAGGAGGAGGACCAGGGAAGCUGCCGCAGCCACUCCCAGUCCCUGUCCCCGCCGAGGUACCAUGGCUACGAGUCGGACCGCUACUCCGACAAACUGGAGAUAGACGUGCUGUCAUUGGACGGCGAGGCGCUGGACUCCGACUACCCGUCUUUAGAGGACACGCCUCCUGCCCCCCUGCCUCCAGAACCGCCCGCCCCCAGCCCCAAAACUAAAACCGCCCCCAAGACCGGACGCCAUCACACGAAAAAGAAAUCCCGCACAUUAAAGAAAAUAGGCCAAUCAGAAUCGUCCUCCUCCUCUUCAAAUAGAACCAAAAGCAAAUGCCUCUCCUCACUGUCGGUCACUUCGGGCGCCCCCCCCGUCUUAUCGGGGCUCCCCUCAGUGAAGAAAACCAGGAAGAUAGGAAAGGACAAAGAGAGACAGAGCACCAGGAAGGAUCUGAGUCGCUCCGGAAAAUCUAAGAAAGAGAGCGGCAGCCGGAAAGGUAAGCUGCAGUCCAAAGUGUCUGUGCUGGUGCGUGAAGGUGUGAGCAGCACCACCGGCUCUUCUGUGGGUUCUGGGAAGCUGGGCAUGGAUCUUCUGGGGUCAGGAGGUGCAGGAGGAGGGGGCGGGGGCUCCGUGGUGGGCGGCUCCAUCGCAGUGGUCUUCUGCAGAGACAAUGAGAGCAGGUCUCCAUUCCUCAAACCGUGCUCGGAGCCACUGUCGCUGGGCAACCGCGGCAAAGAUCUGGCUAACAUGGGGAAGAGGAGCAGCCUGGCAGCACCUCCACCCUCCUUAACCGGCCCUACGGGACUGAAAUCCAAGAAAACCAAGCCCAGCUCCAUCACAUCCACCUCCUCUUCGGCCUCCUCCCCCUCGUCUUCUCUGGCGACAAAGCGGCGCCGUCGCUUGGCCAAGAAGAGCAGGGAGAAAGGUGGAGCGGCAGGACUGAGUGCAGGAGACAGCAGCCAGACUAAAGCUACGUCCGACGGCUGGUCCGGAGCUUCUUUAGAUGUUCAGUCAGCUGUAGGAGACGGGACCAAGUCAAUCAGUCCACACACUGGCCAAGCUGGCCCCGCUCCUUGCUCUUCCUCCUCCUCCUCCUCCACCUCCUCCUCCUCCUUCACCAGUGUGCUCCCACCCUCCUCUUCGCCCCCACACACACCUCCACCCUCUAUGGCUCCUCUGCGGGACACCAGGGAGUCUUCACCAGACUCUCAGACGGUGGACAGCAGCUGUAAGACUCCGGAGCCUUCUUUCCUAGCAGAGGACUGUCCCACUCAGACCAGCCCCACACUCCCACCGUCCAGUCCAUCCAGCCUGUCUACCUCCCAGGGAGCUGGCCUCGGCAACGCUUUGUCAACAACCGCCACCAAGCCCCCCCCUCCAGACGACGCACCCAAAUCUCUGGCCUCACCUCCUUGCUCGUCCUCUUCGGCGGGUUGCGGCCUCACUUCCCUGUCUCUGCCUCUGUCCACGUCAGACCCCUCCUCUUCCUCAGUGUCCUCUUCAUCUGCUAGUAAGCCUCCUCCUCCCCCUCCCCCUCCAGCAGCUCCUGCCCUCCCCUGGAGUCUGCAGACUGGGGUGGACUGCACAACCGGAGGAGUCUUAGCAUUGACUGCUCUGCUCUUCAAAAUGGAAGAGGCAAACAUCGCCAGCAGAGCCAAAGCACAAGAGUUCAUCCAAGCAACCAGUCAGAUCCUCUCUCAGGCCAAUCAGAACCAGUCACAGCAGCAUGGGCCUCCUUCCUCAGCCUCCUCCUCCUCCUCCUCACAGAUCCCCCCCCCUCCCUCUCUGCCUCCACCUUCCGGACUGAGCCCAGCCCAGUACAUCCUGCACGGCUCCCUCCCGUUGGUCGGUUGCACCAAAACCCCGCCCUCUCACCUGCACCCCUCCAUAGGUGGUGGAUGCGCACAGACCCCACCCCCCAUCAUGCCUAUGGGUCUGUCAGGAGUGACGGGGAGCUCUGGGGAUGCUGGAUGGGACAAUGACAGUAAAGACCCUGAUAAGUACCUGAAGAAGCUGCACACUCAGGAGCGAGCAGUGGAGGAAGUGAAGCUUGCCAUCAAACCUUACUAUCAGCGCAAAGACAUCAACAAGGACGACUACAAAGACAUCCUCAGGAAAGCUGUGCAUAAGAUCUGCCACAGCCGUACAGGGGAAAUCAACCCGGUCAAAGUCAGCAACCUGGUGAAGCUGUACGUCCAGCGUUACAAAUACUUCCGGAAACACGGACGCAAAAUGGACGAGGAAGAGAGGGACGACAUGCAUUCCUCUGCCUGAUAGGAGGCUUUUUUAGAAACGUCCCCGCCCCAAAACCGCCACCAACGCCGCCAUCUGUUCAUGAUCUGGAACAUUAACUGAUUGUUUUCAUGUUUUUAUUGUUUUCAUAGCCCACCAUUUCUAUGCUUUAUAUGUGAUCUUAUAGAAGUCUCUCACCUUACCUCUGCGAUCUCACUGUAAAUAUGUCUCACAUAGGAAAUGUGUCAUGUAUACAAGGUUCAGGAGGUGGAUGCUAUCAUCGACACCUGUGUGAUCUAAUAUAGUCCGUUACAACAACCCUGCAGUAAAUACUACCUGUGUGAGCGUCUCAUUUUUAGCUUUUGUUGACUGUGCCCAUUAGAAGCUUCACACUGGUGCUAUUCAUUGCUGGGCUAUUUUUCUUUGUAUUCUUUAUUUUUUUCAAUAGCAUUGGAUUAGGCAAUCAUGCUAUUUUGUCUACCCCAUGUAUAUCAAACUCCACGCUGAGGGGAGAUGUAAUACCCAGUUGUACACACCAAAAUAUACUGUACACACUGUAAGGACACUACAUCACAUCACAUCCUCCCCUCCUCCCUCCCUGUGUCUCUGUUGGAUUUUUUUUUGUUUUUUGUUUUUUUUUUGCAGACAGUAUGCAAGCUGAGUUGGACAGCUGAUUGUGAUUGGUUGAAAUACAUUUGACACUUGGCUUCUAAAGUCUUGGAAUCUGCCGUCUGUGUUUUGUGUGCAUGUGUUAGUGAGAUUGAGAAAGUUGCUAAAUCUCUUUAUAAAAUUACUUAACCAACAAAAUAUAAAUGUUGCUUGGAAACCAGUACACAGUAGAAUGAGCCUAUUUAUUCAAGUCUGUUUUCUGUAUACAUCACAU